AUGGGAUAUUCAUCGCCAGUGUCCGGCAGCUCGGGGGGCGAAUCUGAGGAUGAGAAGCCCCCAAGAGCAUUACACAACUCGACAUACAACAGUUGGAAGAGCAGCCUACGCGGGCGCAUGAAAGACAUCAAGGCUGUAGGUGAUAUCGCAGCAUUCUCGCUCUAUCCCAGCUUUACCAAUCCCGGCCUCAAGAUCGAGGGGCACCCGACCAUCCCGCUACCACUCACAACAGCCGAUGCAGAGGUCAUUAAGGGGGCUUGCCGAGAGGCACCAUUCGGCAAGGGUGAUGACACUGUCGUCGACACUUCAGUGCGAAAGACUUGGGAGUUGAGCCAUACUGAAUUUCAGCUGCUCAAUCGAGAAUGGCCCGGAUUUUUGCAAAAGAUAUCUCUGGCGGCGGCGAGAGGCCUCGGGCUUAGUGAUAUUUCAGUAAAACCGCACAAGCUCCUGCUCUACGAGAAGGGAUCAUUUUUCAAGCGUCACAAGGAUUCUGAAAAAGAAAAGGGAAUGGUCGGCACGCUCGUCGUGUGUCUCCCAUCCGAGCACGAGGGGGGAGAUGUCCACCUCACGUUCGGUUCAGACCACCGCGUCUUUUCCACCGCGCCGACAUCCACAUUUGACCUGACCACUCUCGCAUGGUUCUCCGACGUGACACAUGAGGUAAAGGAGCUGACGUCGGGGUACCGUCUCGCCCUGACCUACAACAUCAUCCAGAACAGCCCCAUCAAGCAGUCUGCCGGGUUCUUCGGGCAGCAGGCGCAGCAGGUCAGGCAGUUGCUGCUUGAGUGGCACACCAGAUUCCCCACGACCAACAUGCUCGUGUACCCCUUGAGCCACAAGUACUCACAGGCGAGUCUCGAGCUGCAAAACAUGAAGGGCCGUGAUAAGGCACUCUGUCAGGCCGUGCAUGAUGUAGGAUCGCGGAGCGGCGUCUUCCUUUUGUUUGCCCAUCUAACACGUACCACCGGGGAUGGGGAGGAGGACAUCUACGGGAGGUACGGUGCAGAAGAAGAGGAGGAAACCACCUUGUUAGACUCCGUGUAUACCCUUGACGGCAAGCUAGUCGCGUCGGCAGUGAGCGUCGAUGACGAGGAGAUGUUAGUGCCAGACUUGUACAAGGAUCGAUCCCCUGAUAGUUCUGAAGAGGGCGAAUUCGUCGGGAACGAGUCGGCUCCCUCAUCUUAUCGGUAUCACGACUCGGUUCUCGUGCUGGUCAAGAAGCAAAGCCUGUACAAGUACCUCAAGGGCGACCGGUACUGGGCGGGCUACGACGCACGAACGGAUAACAUGGUGAAUAUGGUUGCCAAAGACCUUGAGAAGAACAUUGACCACGCGCCCACCAAGACGAGUGCCCUGGCCUUUCUCAAAGCCGCUCUCAACGUCGAUGGACGUUCACUAACAAAAACUUCUUGCACUGCCGUCUACUGGUCUCUAAAACUGGAUGACAUUGGUCUUUUCCAGGCCGCGAUGGCGGCCGCGGCAAAGUUUGGCGGUCAAGAGGCGUAUAACGAGGCCAUCAAGAUUACCUGCCGAUACGUAGAAGAUCAGUUUGCCAACAGUGCCGGGUCUAUCGACUGGGAUAAGUGGUUGGGAGGGGUCACGGAGAAGAGCACUCUCGCAGGCCUGCGGAACACGAUUGAGCAUUUUGCGCCUCGGUUCACGUCUGAUGCCGUCCGAGACUCCUUCAAGAGGUGGGGCGAAAACAAGUUGACUUGGAAGCUCGAAACCCAGGCCGAGAUAGACAGCAACGAGCUCAGCUUCUUCGCCAAGACGCUCGAAUCCAGGCACGAAGACAUGGACUGGAUCAAGUCAAGUCUCCUCCCUAUUUUGGCAACCCGCGGAACCCGCGAUCUCAUCUACAAGGUUCUCAAUACCGUGUUCGUCAAAAGAGAGCAGCGGGAGUUCAGAAACGCAAAGGAGAUCUUCCAAUAUUUUCUGGAGAAUGCCUUGGCAAAACUCCUGCUGGAGGGCGAGGACAUGGCCACCAGAGUAGUAAACCCCACGGUGGCCGCCUUCAUCGGGCCACUGAUCGACUUUGUCAACCGCGUCGACGAAGCUCUCACCCUCGGACUCGCCGAGCUCGCCAUCCAGCUCCUGGAAGCAUGCUGCAACAAUCUCGUCUGGACAAAGGAGCAGUGGGAUCCAAGGAACGUCAACGCCAGGGUCGUCGACCAGUUCCUGGUACCUCUAACCAGCAUCAUGGAAAAGCACAACAUCCCCGUCACGGAACCGAUCAGAGAAGUGUUCGAAACCGUCAUCAGAGACGGGCUCAUCGCGCAGGUCGGCUCCCUGCCUCCGCCGCCCAUCGGUUGGCAACACAAGCCGCGCAGGUGCGCGCCACGCUCCAGGUCCCGCGUCUGCGCCGACUGCGACGCGCUCGAGGCGUUUCUGAUCUCGCCGGAUAUGAAGGUCUGGAGGUUCCCCGCCGCGGAGGCACGACGAAGGCACAUUGAACACGUGUUGUCGUCGCAUGCACACAACUUUUUCCGUCUCACCACGGAACGGCCCAGGUCUCCUUAUACCUUGGUCGUCGAGAAGACGGGCCUAGAACACACCGCGGAGGUCGCAGCAUGGCACCGCAAAGUCGAGGACCUGGAUACACUCCUCGCCUCGUCGCUGAGGAACGAUACCGUGAAGCGCAUUCUAGGCGAGCAGCAGUACCAGGAACUGGUGCUUCUCGAAGUGCUAAGGCGUCAGGGGGCCUUGGGCAACGUGGCGGGGGUGAAGAGGGAGGCAGACGGGCCCGCUGAUGGGCAGCCUUCUGCGCACAGGGUGAUGCGGUGA